UGCCCAUCAGUGCCACAUAUCAGUGCCUACCAGUGCACAUCAAUGGCACAUCAGUGCCCAUCUGAGCUGCCUUUAAGUGUCACCCAUCAGUGCCAGGCAGUGCCACCUAUCGGUGCUGCCAGUCAGUGCCGCCUAUCAGUGCCAGUUAGUGCCAGUCAGUGCUGCCUAUCAGUGCCUUAAUUAAUGUAUCAGUGCUGCCUUUCAGUGCCCAUCAGUGAUGUCUGUCAAUGCCCAUCAGUGCCACCUAUCAGUGCAGUCUAUCGGUG